UUCCCAAAGGAGGAGACACACGUGCUCUUAAUGCAGCUCUGAAUACGGGACUUUGGAACGCCGAGUUGCAUUUUGGCCGCGCGUGGAACGCGAGAGGGAGCGACGCCAUUGGCUGGAAGGGAAAGACAGGCUUCGGGGACGCCGAAACUUCCCUUCAGCCCGCGCCAGGCCAUUGGCUCGCAGCUGUUCUAUAGGCGGGGCUCCGAGGGUUACAGAUCCCGCUUCUGAUUGGCUGGCACCUCGAAGUGUCGCAAUUGGAGAUCAGAGGAGCUCGAAAAUGUCAGUGAUACGACUCGGAAAAGUGGUCCCCAAAACCAGCAUCCUCUUCCUGUGUGACAUGCAAGAGAAAUUUCGCCCGAGUAUCAGCUACUUCCCUCAGAUUGUAUCUGUGGCAGCUCGGAUGCUAAAGGUUGCCAAGGCUCUCGAAAUCCGGACGGUGGUGACCGAACAAUACCCGAAAGGCCUGGGCCCUACGGUGUCAGAGCUGGGUGCUGAAGGCUUGCCGAAAUAUGCCAAGACCUGCUUCAGCAUGGUUACCCCAGAGGUGGAGAAGGAGAUGGCCGCUGUGCCCGACCUGAAAUCUGUGCUUUUGUGUGGGAUCGAAACACAGGCCUGCAUCAUGAGCACAGCAUUGGACAUCAUGGAACGAGGCCUGGAUGUUCACGUAGUGGUGGAUGCCUGCUCUUCCCGCAGUCAGCUGGACAGGAUUGUGGCUUUGUCCAGGUUACGCCAGAGCGGUGCCUUCCUCACCACCAGCGAAGGGCUCAUUCUGCAACUGGUCAGAGAUGCUGCACACCCCUAUUUCCAAGAGAUCCUGAAGUUGAUUAAGGACCCUGCCCCAGACAGCGGCCUUCUCCCCCUCCUGAAAGAACCAGGCCCCCUUUUCAGCUAGGCCAGCUGCUCCAUUGAUCCUCCUCCUUGCUUUAAAGCAUCUCCAACUGCUUAGGUCUGCCAUUGCCACACAUUGGGUAGGAGAAGUGGAAUCAAGAUGUGCAAAUAUAAUUUUUAUACAGGAAAUUGGGUUGUAGCCUAUGCUGGAAAACUGAUACCCUAAUUCCCAAUUUACAGCUUUCUCUGUGAUUAUUCAGUGGGAUGGAAGUGUUUCCAUUUUUGUGCACAAGUUUGGGGGCAUGGGCCCAGGUUCAAAUUUAGGACUCAUCUGCACUACACAUUUAAAGCAGUAUCAUACCACUUUAGACAACCACGGCUUCCCCGAAGGAAUCCCGUGCUGAGCAUUGUUAGGAGACGCCCCCAUGUCCCCUCACAGAGCUACAAUUCUGAAGAGACUGCACCAAAAGAUUUGUGGCAUCUUCUCACAGAUAGGCACAUUUUGUGAGGCAUUCAAGGUACAUGAGGAGGAUUUUGAAUUCUGCACUUGUAAAAAUGCCAGAUUCGCCCCACCCAACCAUAAUCUGCAGUUAGAAUAAAUGAUGCUGCAGAAAAGCCAUAAUCUGCAGUUAGAAUAAAUGAUGUUCAUUUAUUUUUGCACGUAAUAA